AUGGACGCUUUCAGGCUGCUGUACGCUUCCCAUGUCAGACCAAGACUUGGAUAUGGUAGUGCGGCAACAUACCUCUGCACGGUCGGUGAACUGGCUAAGUUGGAGCGUGUACAACGUGCUGCCACUAGACUCGUUGUUGGACAACGCGGGACCAGCUAUGAAGGUCGUCUACAGGCUACUGGUCUGUUCCCAGUUGCGUAUCGGCGCGUCAGGGGAGAUUUCAUCUGCCUGAGGAAGAUCCUGAAAGGUGAUAUGGGCCCAGAGUUCCAACAGUACUUCCCUUUAUGGAUAAAGCACCGCCCUCUGGGGCACUGUCUCACGUCGCGGAAACUUCAGUCAGUUGGUCUUCCGUUAGUCUACUGA